UAAUAUUUAUUAAUGAUUUAAUAAUCAGGCAUCUCGACUUAAAGUCGUCAAAAAUUAUUAAAGGACCAAAUUAAUGCACUUGAAUAAAGAGCCCAAGAAAUUAAUCAAGAUAUUAAGAAAGUAUAAUAAUAUUCUUAUUUUAGAAAAGGAAAACUUAAGGAGGUCAAGACAGAUAAGUCAAAUUAAAAACUCUUCAAAAUCAAAUUGAUAAAAUAAAAUAAUUGGGUGAGGAUAUGUUGUAUUUAGUAAUAGAUGUAACAAAUGUUUAUAAUAUAUUUAUAGGAAAAGAAAUGGUAAAAAUUGAUUUCACUUUUGGAUAUCAUGUAUUAAAAUAUAGAUAAUCCUGAACAUGAAUAAGAAUUUAAUUAAGUAAAUGGAAUAUCAAUUUUUUUAGCUAAUUAUAUAGUUGUAUCAAACAAAAACUGUGCAAAAUCCAUGGAAUGAUAGAGUCUUCUAACUCAAUAGAUAAAUGAUUGAGCCAUUUGAUUAGAAAGCUGCAACUCAAUAAGCCUAAUUAGUUGAUCAAAAUUCUGCCGCAUAUAAAAUUAAAAUGAUGGAUUUUAGUUACAACGAUAGACCUUAAAAAAAUGAUUAUUAUCAACCUCCAACUUUUAAAGAGAAAUUGAAUUUAAAUAGUUUGUUACCUAAAUACAAAAUGUUACCUCAUUCAGUUUUCAGUCAAUUAAGUAGUGAUACUUUAUUCUAUGUAUUUUAUUAUCAUAAAGAACCAACUGAAUAAUAAAUGGCAGCGAGAGAAUUAAUUAAGAAUUAAUGGAUUUACAAUACUAAACAUGGAUUAUGGAUGAAAAAAGAUAAGCAUUUUUAAUAUGUAACUAUUAAUUUAUUUCUUAUAGAAGGAGGAGGAAAAUGAAAAGGUUAUAAAAGGACCUUUUUUUUAUUUCGAUUUUGAAUUGAAAUGGUAAUAAAAGAAAAAAUAAGACUUUUCAUUUAAGAAAAAACAUAUAUUAUAAUAUGAAUUAAUAUAAUGA